UUUACAGAAUAGUAGCAAAAAACUGUUUUGCACCAAGAAGAUAUAGCGAAUCUUCACUGAGAAGAUUUUCUCUUUAAUCCUUGAUAGAAAAAAGUUCAGAACAAAUUGGAAGGGUGAUGACAUAUAUAGGGCGGAUGGGCGACAACAGACCAUGAAGGUAAAGAACCUCCAUGCAACAGACAACAAACCAACUGAAGAGUUAAUCUAUGGGUGGCAAUGUCAGGCUUAUUGACACACUCAAGGAGAGGAGAAAGGGGGCGCAAUUCAGUUCAAGCCAAUUAGAAGGGUGAUUGGGUCGGGUGGGAAUGUCAAGCCAAAGAGGCUUCUUUGACAUAUUAUUGUAUGGCCUAGAGACACAGGUUCUUUCUGAUAUGGUCUUUUUGCAAAAAUAGAAUGAUCUGUUUGAAAAAACUAUUUGUUAGAAAAAAGAGCACACAGGAAUUUUUCUGAGAUAUAAUCAUUUAUAUCAGACCUUAUAAUAUUACCUAUAUACUUCAAUAUAAGAUAGAUAUUUACCAUUAGGCUGGAACUUCCAUGCCUAAAAAUAUAAUAUAAAAAUAAUGAUGAAGGAAAAUAUAUCCAAGGAAAUAUGUACCCAAUAUGCUAGUGACAGUAUAUGUAGGACUUGUUUACAUGGAAAUAAUUCAUUGGUUCCAAUUUGUAAUACGAUGAAAUUGAUGAAUGACAAGAAACUAUUUAUAGAAAAAGUAUUAGAAGAAUGUGGUAUUGAUGAAAUUCUAGAGUAUGACAAAUUUCCUCGAAAUAUAUGCAGUACAUGCAUUGGAAAAUUGCAAUUAGUUUAUGAUUUCCAGCAAAUGUGUAAGGAAUCUAAAAAAAAAUUAAGCAAAAUUUUGGAGUCCCAAGAAAGUUUGGAAUUCCAUGAUCUUCCUGACAAUAAUCAAAGCUUUCUUCAGACAGAAGGUUGCAAUGUUUCAAAAAUUGAUCCCCAAAUUCAAAUUAACGAAGAAAGUGUUCAGAAUCAAACAAAUGACAAAAAGGAAGCUUAUUCCUGUCCAGUAUGCCAAAAAACAUUUGCUUCGAAAUACAAUAUGCAUCGUCAUAAAAAAGUUCAUAUGACUGUAGAAGGGUUUAUUUGUGAAAUUUGCAAAAAAGAAUUCUCACGGAAAGCUGAUGUGAAAAGACAUAUGUUUACACAUGAUGGUACUAAACCAUAUUCUUGUCCCAUCUGUUAUGCUUCAUUUAGUCAAAGUGGAUCACUCUCAAGACAUAAGAAAAUACACCAAGAAUUUGAAGUUUCAUCCAUACUUAAAAAAAGGACUGAAAAUACACUACAUUUAUGUAUGGUGUGUGGAAAGUCAUUUAAGACAUCGUCUAGUUUAUCUAUACAUUUGAAAAGACAUAUUGGAGACAAGAAAUUUGAAUGUACUUUUUGUGAGUUAAGCUUUGUCUGUGGUUCAAGUCUCAAAAGCCAUAUACGAAAGCACACUGGAGAAAAACCAUUUGUUUGCUCAUUAUGUGGAACAAAUUUUUCACACUCAUCAGUGCUCAGUAGACAUAUGAAAACUCAUUCAGGCACAAAGUCUUAUAUGUGUGGAGUAUGUUCAAAAAUAUUUUCUACUAAAUAUUAUCUGAAUAUACAUAAAAGACUACACACUGGUGAGAAGCCUUAUAAAUGCUCUGAUUGCUUCAAGUUUUUUGCAGAUCCUAAGAAUUACAAGCAUCACCUGAAAAUUCAUUUGAAAUUGAAGCCUUACUCAUGCAUUACUUGUGGUAGAAAAUUCAGAAGAAAACAUCAUUUGAAUUUUCAUAGUAAAAUCCAUCAUAAAUGGAUUAUUUAGGAAUAAAUGAAAGUGUGCAAUACUUCAUAC